AUGGAAGUCUACAUAUUCAAGCCUGAAUUUUAUGCAGAAUGGUACAAUUGUUCACAGUUGACACAAGAAGAAUGGCAUCUAAUCGGAGUACGAAGACCAUAUUCGGCUAUCAUUUUGGGAAUUCUUGGAGGAGCUUUUUCGGUGGGUAACCAAGUUUUUAGUUGAUUGAAAGGGGGAGGUAUGGCAGUUUUUUAAUUGUUGUGUUUUGGGGUAGAUAACUUUGUUUGAAAAAAAUUAGAAAAGGUGUGGUAUAGUGAGGUAUAUACUAUAUUAUGAUAUAUGUUAUGAUAGAUAAAGGCUUGGUUUGAAAGGUUAAAGGGUGUCAUUUACUUUUUGAAAAUGAUAUGAAUGACACAUAUGAUAAGGGUAAUUUUUUAAAAUGUGGGCGUUACGGGGGUGGAUAGUUAAAAUUUUUGGAGAAAAAUCCAACUAUGUUCAAAAUUGACAUUUAUAAUCGAUGUCAAGUGAAAAUACACACCUAAAAAUGAAAAAUUUUGAGCAAAAACAUAAGAAAUAUGAUAAAAAUGAAAAAAAAAUUUUAAUUUUUAUAAAAAAUUGUAGAUAAUGUACAUCCCAUUUGUAUUCAUAAUGACAAAGCCAAAGUUUAUGCGCUUAUCAUGCUAUAAAAUUAUGUUUUGUCUCGGUUUCAUCGAUGCUGGCACUAUAUUUAUUGCUGUGGGGAUAUGUGGUUACUUUACCUAUAAUGGAGGCGUAUAUUGCACCAUGCCAAAUAGUAUAUACUUGGUUGGGGUGGCUGGAAUGUGUAAGUGGAUUUGGUGUUUCUUCUUUAUGUUGUUGUAGAUUGAUAUUGAGUUGUAUGUUGAGGAUUUUGGCGUUUACUGAGAUUUACGGUUUAUUGGAGUGUUAUAAAAGUCUUGUCGUAAUUUUGCACUGACUUGCAAGGAAAAAUACGACAAGACUUUUUGAAUGUUGUAAGGUUAUAGAAUGGUAAUGUAAAGUGUUAUGUGGAUAUUAUAUUGUAUGUCGGUUUUGUGGUUGAUAUAUUGUUUCUUGGUAAAACCUUUAUUGGUACUAAUGGUACCGUUGUGCUUUUUUACUUAUAAUUUGAUGCUGUUGUAAACUCUAUAUCAUUUAUACUGCUCUGUGGUUACUAACUUCUUUUUUGUUGAAAACUCGCUUAGUACCACUUACGCUAAUGGUACCCCUUGCUUUCUUUCAUUUCAAAUUUGAUGUUAUAGUAGCCCUCUAUAACCUAAAAACCCUAAGUUUUAGCCUCAUGGUGUGGCAGUUGCCUAUUAUGUGCGAUCCUAGCUCUAAACAGAUGUCUAGAUUUAUGUUCUCCAUCGUAUCACGAGCUAUUGUUUGAUGGUAUUCGUACAUGGUACUGGAUAGGAUUAACAGCACUAUAUAUGGUACUAAUAGCUUGGUUUGAAACCCCGAUAUUAUAUCACAGUAGAUAUGCUGCUGGGUUUUAUGACCCAUUUGUUGGCGCUCCAGUGGAAAAGCAUAAUUUAUUUAUAAACUAUACUCAUGUUUUUAAUAACGUACUGGUUAUUAUAAUCAUGUCCGUGCUUUAUGCCAUUUUAUGUGUAUAUGUGCUGAAGGAAGGGUCGAAAAUGAGCAAAACGAAGAAGAAUGUAGGUGUAUUUAUUUUGUUUGGCUGA